CUCUGUGGCCCUGAUUUGUUCUUCGUCAACGCGGAAAUGUUUGGUCAUAAAAGUGGGAACUGAUAGUGAAUUUGAUUUAAUCAUGCAAACCAUAUCCAAUGCCUGAGGUAUUGCUGCUACUUUAGCCCCAUUUCACAGAAGCUGUUUAAACCAAAUACUCUUGAAACACUAGCUAGUUCAUUUCUGGAAGUAAUUCUCUCUAGCUGUACAGUUUGCAAUAGUAGCUGUAUUUCAAGCCUCCAGGAAAGAAGAAAAGUUCACGUGUUGAUACGCUUUAGAGUGAUGGUAAGCAGAAAAAUUAUGUUCCACAGAAGAUGAGAAGAACUUGUAGGUGCUGGAAAUAGAUUUGAAUUGGGGUUCUUUGGCCCCAUCCAGAAGCCCUGAAGUGAAGAGAUAUGUAGGGAUAUGGUACACCUCCAGUCCACAAACAGUUGUUUGGGUUGCUAAUAGAGGAAACCACUUUCAGAUAAAAGUGGAGUUUUAUCUAUUGCAGAUGGCAACCUCAAGCUAUCUGAUAAGAAAGGGAACCGUUAUUGGUCUACAGAGCUUGAGGUCAGACGUUUCAACCUUACGGCAAAGCUGAAUGAUACUGGUAACUUAAUUUUGUUUGAUGCACGGUCGACGGUUCCCUUUGUAUGGCAAAGCUUUGACCAUCCAACAGAUACAUUUCUUUUUGGCAUGAAGAUGGAUGAAAAGUUAGCUUUAAUUUCAUGGACCAGUGAAGAAGAUCCUGCACCUAGGAAUUUCACGUUCCAGCAAGAUCUGAAAGGAAAGAAUCAGCUUGUAGUCAUGGAAAGAAGCAUCCCUUACUGGAGAUCAAGUGGGGCGGAGUCAGGUAAAAUUUUUAAAUCGAAGGAAAUGCCUUCUUUAAUAGUCAACUUCUUGAGUUUUACAGAGAAAAACCCAGAACUUUACAAUGAUACAAGAAUGGUGAUAAAUUUUACUGGAGAUUUACAGUAUUGGAAGUUUGACACUGACAAGAAAAAUUGGUCCUUGAUAUGGUGGGAGCCAAAAGAUAACUGCAGUAAGUUCAAUUUUUGUGGGAACUUUGGCACCUGUAGUCGCAACAAUAAGUUACCAUGCAAAUGUUUGCCAGGUUUCAAACCUAAAUUCUUAGAUAAAUGGAAUGCUGGAGAUUUUUCGGGUGGUUGCUCCAGAAACGAUACAUCAUGUGGCGACGACUUCUUGAGCUUGAAAAGGAUGAAAGUGGAAUAUUCAGGCUUACCGUACGAGGCUAAGGAUGAACAAGACUGCAGAGAGGAAUGCCUGCUUGGGUGCCAGUGCCAGGCAUAUUCAGUUGUCGCUCAAAGAGGGUUCACUAAUUCAUGUUUGACCUGGAGAGGGGAUCUCGAAAAUCUUCAGGAGGACCAAGAUGAUGGCUAUGAUCUCUACGUCCGUGUCUCGCGGUCUGAUAUAGAAUCAACAGUUAGAAAUUGUGAGACUUGUGGCACGAAUUUGGUCCCUUAUCCCCUAAGCACUGGACCAAAAUGCGGUGAUCCAAUGUACUCCAGUUUCUAUUGUAACAACAAUACAGAACAGCUAUGCUUCAUGGCACCUGGUGGCAAUUAUAAUGUCAUUAGUGUCAAUCGGGAGGCACAACAAUUUGUUAUCCGAAUACAAGCCGAUGAAGCAAAUAAUUGUGGUGCUAUGCAUUCGUCAGGAAACAAAAAUCUGCAGCUCAGUGAAUCAUCGGCAUUCAGUUUGACCAGCAUGUACAGUAGUUAUCGAGGCAACUUUACUGCUAAUUCUUCACUAAUUGGUGUAGUUGAAGUAGAAAUUACUUGGAAGCCACCGCUAGAGCCAACCUGUAAUUCAUCUGUUGACUGCAAAGAUUGGCCGCAUUCAACUUGCAAUAAAAGAGGAAAUGGACCAAAAAGGUGCCUUUGUAAUGCUAACUUUCGUUGGAAUGGCUCAGCUUUAAAUUGUACUCAAGAAGAGCAUUUUAAUAAAAACAAGCCACUUCCUCUGAUUCUUGGAGUAUCUGUGCCAAUUGCAAUGGGCUUUUUGUGUGCCGUUGUUUCUAUCUACAUGUGGAGAACAAAGAUGGUAAAGAGGCGAGCAAAACAAAGAAAAGCUGCUCUUCAUCGGUAUGACACUGAGAGAGGUGUUAAAGAGUUAAUGGAGUCGAGCCAUUUCGAAGAAAAGGAUGGGACGGGCAUAGACGUACCUUUCUUUGAAUUUGAAAGCAUACUAGCUGCAACAGACAAUUUCUCAGAAGAAAACAAACUUGGAAAAGGAGGGUUUGGGCCGGUUUACUAGGUA